GCGUGUUUGCCAUCCUUUCUUGCAAGGGAGGCAGGGUUGCGUUCAGGUAGCAAGGGAGAGAGGGCCAAGGGAAGACAGCGAAGGGGGGCCCAAUGCAAGAGGGGUAUCGUAGUGGUGGUUUGUGUCGUUGUGUCCUUUGUGUCGUUGCCGUGUUGAUGAUGAGGAUGUGAUGCAUGAAUUGGGACUGGGACAUGCUGGGGUGUGCUUGCUGCUCGUGUGCUCGUGUGCUGCUCGUGUGCUCGUGUGCUGCUCGUGUGCUCGUGUGAUUUGUACAAAGGCAUGCGUUAUCUGCGAGGAGGAAGUGCCUUUGCAUGGGUAUGAUGAUGAUGAUGAUGAUGCGGGGCAUGGAGCGCUUGUAGGUUCGUGGGCAUGUGUGGGCACAGCAACACGCCAUGUGCGAAUGCGUGUGAUGUGCGUGUGGUGGAGGAACAAGGAGAGCGCGCGCGUGUAUGUGUGUGUUUGUGGUCGUUAUGAGUGAGAUGGCUUUCGUUUGAUGGCUUUCGUUUGCUGUUGAUGGCUGUUUUUCGUUUGCUUGCUUGCUUGUUUCUGCACACAUGACAACACAAAAGAGAACCAGCUGACGAGCGCAAAGGCAACACAGAUUUGGAAAAGACGACCCUACCAAAACGAAAGCACAGCGACAAGGAGACAAGGAGACAAAGAGACAAGGAGACAAGGAGACAAGGAAACGGAACACUCGAGCAGAGCACAAC